GUCGCCGAGCCGGAUGCCAGCGCUGCUGCUGCCGUAGGGCCGGAGCGAGCGGAGCAUCAUCCCGGCCCCGGGCACGGCGGAGGAGGCUCCGCCGCCUCCCAAGAGAGCGCCCAGCACCACCCUGACGCUGCGGUCCAAGUCCAUGACGGCCGAGCUGGAGGAGCUGGCCUCCAUGCGGAGAAGGAAAGGGGAGAAGCUGGAUGAGAUCCUGGCGGCCGCAGAGCCGGCGCUGAGGGCGGAUAUCGUGGAAGCAGAUUCCAGGGCAGCCACUGUGAAACAGAGACCAACCAGCCGGAGGAUCACCCCUGCAGAGAUCAGUUCCCUCUUUGAACGCCAGGGCAUGGCAGCACACUCGGGGGUCCUGGCGGGAGCUGAGAAGCCCCACGUUUCCCUGCGCAAAGGAAUUCCACGGACAAAAUCCGUAGGUAAGACAGCCUGGGGGAGGGGAGAAAUCCCUUUGGGAAGGGGAGGGAUGGGCCCCAUGGGCAGGAAAGGCUCAGCCCUUUCCAGCUCU